AUGUGGAUGCCUCCAGAGCAGAACCAAAGCUGGGUCUCUGACUUUAUCUUGCUUGGCUUUUCCAGUGACCCCACCUCCAACAGGAUCCUCUUCAUUGCCUUCCUUCUCCUGCACCUGAGCUCGAUCCUGGGCAAUGGACUCAUCGUCACUCUGAUCUGCCUGGACUCACAUCUCCACACUCCCAUGUACUUCUUUCUCUGUAUCAUCUCCCUAUUGGACAUGGGUUAUGUCACCACCACCAUGCCCCAGAUGCUGGUGCACCUUCUUGCUCGUUGUCAGACCAUCUCCUUUGCUGGCUGUUGGCUGCAGAUGUAUGUGUUUGGUGCUCUGGGCCUGACCGAGUGCAUCUUCUUUGUGGUCCUGGCUUAUGACCGAUAUGUGGCCAUUUGCUACCCGCUGUGUUAUACUGUUAUCCUCAGCUGGAGAGUGUGCACACAACUGGCAGCUGGGACCUGGGCCUGUGGUUUCUUCUUCUCUCUGAUUCACACCUCCCUCACCAUGAGGCUGCCUUACUGUGGGCCCAACAUCGUCAACCACUACUUCUGUGAGGGCCCCUCAGUACGGAGUUUGGCUUGCAUGGACACCCACUUGAUUGAGAUGGUGGACCUGGUCAUCAGUGUGUUUGUGAAUGUUACUCCACUUUCCCUCAUUUUGGCCUCUUAUAUCUGUAUUGCCCUGGCCAUUCUCAAGAUCAAGUCUGCCAGGGGCCGUUGCAAGGCCUUCUCCACCUGUGCUUCCCACCUGACUAUGGUCACACUCUUCUAUGCUCCAGCCACCUACAUCUACCUGAGACCCAACUCCAGCUACUCCCCUGAACAUGACAAGAAGAUUGCGCUCUUUUACAAUGUCUUCACAGCUCUGCUCAACCCUGUUGUCUAUAGUCUGAGAAACAAGGACAUCAAGGGAGCUUUUCUCAAGGUGAUGGGGCGUGGUAGGGUGGCCCGGUGA